UCACAGAGUGUUAAGGUUUUAUCAAAGUAAAUGGUUAAAACCCUAUAUUGAAUUCAAUACUGAAAAAAGAAAACAGGCUACUAAUGAGUUUGAUAAAAAUUUCUAUAAGUUAUUAAAUAAUGCUAUGUUUGGGAAAACAAUUGAGAAUAUUAGGAAACGAGUUUGUAUAGAAUUAGUUAGUAAUGAAAAACGUUUGAAUAAAUUAAUUUCCAAACCAACUUUUAAAAAUAGAAUAAUUUAUGAUGAAAAUCUAUGUUCCGUAGAGUUAGGAAAAGAAACCAUUUGCUUUGAUAAACCCAUUUACAUAGGGUUCACCGUAUUAGAAUUAAGUAAAUAUCAAAUGUACGAUUUUCAUUACACAAUUAUAAAGAAUUUCUUCCAAAAUAAAAAAGUGAAGUUAAUAUAUUUAGAUACUGAUUCAUUUUUCUAUUUAAUUUAUACUGAUGAUAUUUAUGAUGAUUUUAACCAUCCAGAUUUGAAAAAAUACAUGGACAUGUCGGACUAUCCGAAAGAUCAUAAGUGUUAUUCUUCACAAAACAAGAAAAAACUAGGUUGUUUCAAAGAUGAGUGUAAUGGUAUUGUAAUUAUAGAGUUUAUAGGACUUAGGCCUAAGUUGUAUACAUUUAAAACUAUGAAUGAUUUUUAUUUAGAAAUAGAAAAACGAAUGUCAUUGAAAAAAGCAAAAGGUAUUACCAAAACUGUUGUAAAAAAACAUAUUACCUUUAACGAUUAUAAAAAUUGUUUGAAUAACAAUGUUAAAAUUAGGAAAAAUAUAAGGGUUUUUAAAUCCACAAAACAUAACAUACAAACAGUCACCAUAAAUAAAAUAGCGUUAAGUGGUAACGAUGAUAAACGUCAUAUCUGUGAUGACGGAAUCAAUACACUGCCUUAUGGGCAUUAUUCUUUAAAAAAACAAGAUGACAUUUUUCCUAAGUAA